AUAUUGUCAAUAAUGUACGAAAAACCGCGCAAAAUGUCAAAACAAAUGGACAUAAUGGAAGGGUCCGAGUCCGAGAGUUCAAUAUUCCGAGUUAACAAUAAUUUAUGUGAAUUUUCGCCGUGCGGUGAUUUUUUCGCAAUAGCUUAUCAGUCAAAUUUGAUAAUAAAAAGAAGUGGAAUUUUCGAUACGACGAACUCUUACGAGCUUGAUGACGUAAUUGAGUACAUUGAAUGGUCACCAAAUUCGCAAUAUAUUUUAUGUGCGAAUAUAAAGAAAUGUGUUAUUCGAGUUUUCUCGAUAUUUUAUCCAGAAUGGAAAUGCAAAUUUGUGGAAGGUAGCGCAGGAAUGGAAAAAGUAAUGUGGUCCCCGGAUGGCAACCAUAUAAUUUCAUUUGCAGAAUUAAAGAUCCAAAUUUCUAUUUGGUCUCUUGAAAAUCAAAGUAUAACGAACAUUCAAAAUUUGAAAUCUCUAACGGAUACAAAUGUCUUGUUUAGUCCAAAUGGAAAAAAUUUAGCUGUUAUUACCACUGACAAUGGAACUGAUAGUAUAGAAAUUUACAAGACCAAGGGAUGGAAAAUAAGUCGGAAACUCUUGUGUGAAAAAUUGAGUGCGAUCGACGGUUUGUGCUGGUCCCCCAAUAGCGAACUAUUAUGCAUGUGGUGUUCGAUCAGCGGUCAAACGAAAUUACUCGUUUAUUCGACAACAACUGAAAGUCACGUGGGUGUUUUUUGUCCCGAAGUUUCGAAAACGAAAAUCGACGGUGCAAUAAGGGACAAUUAUCAAGGGCCUCGAGGCAUUGACAGAGUGUCGUGGAAUCCGAGUGGACAGCUUCUGGCAAUCGCUGCUUUCAACGAGACGAUUGUACUUCUGAAUUACGUGACAUGGAAACCAAUACUGGAUUUACGUUGCAAUCCAGUGAUAACCGAAUGUGAUUAUUUGGGAAGAAUUUAUCGGGAAUUGGAGAAACGAGAUUCAAAUGUAAAUCUCGCCCAGGGAGAAACGCACAAAAUGGAAGAAGUGAUGGAACGACCGAUAAAUAUCCCAAUAGGAACAAAUUUCAAAGGGAGUGGCGAUGGGCCGUUCAUUGCAAGGAUUGACAUUUUCGAGUUUAGUUGCUGUGGCCGUUAUUUGGCUUUCAGACACCAGGUUUAUUCCUCUACUUUGUGGAUUUGGGACAUUGCCGAAGACAGUGUCGAUUAUGUGAUGUUGAAAAGGCCAAUUUCCGGAAUCUGUUGGAGUCCGAACUCUCCAAGAUUAAUGAUUUUUAACGAAAGCCCUCAAUUUUUCGAAUGGUCAGCAAGUCGUAAAGCAACUGGUCAUUCGAGCCCCCGAGGAAUAACAGUUCUUUCAGGACGUUGGCAUCCACGAGGGAAGAUGUUGUCACUCGGUGGCUACAAUAAAACAGCGAUAAUGCGAUUCACGGAAUAAUCUUUUAAUCCUCUUCGCGUAUCAUUUAACAGUAUUAUUAUUUUAGUAUAUUAUUCAUUAUUUAUACUAUAUGCAUAUUUUGUCUGAUUAUUUACAUUGCUCAGUCGCAAAACAAUAAUUCUUAAAUAUCGUUUAAUUAUUUCUCCCUCCUUGUACUCUCACACAUAUUCCAACUGUAAUUAUCUCAAAAUUGCGCUAAUUCCGUAACGAUGUGAUACAAAAGCUUUUAAUGAUUUAACAUCGUAACGGAAAAAAUUUCCGUUUCGUUUACGGUUAUAUUUUUGUUAUUUGAAAUAGCGAUGUCAUGAGAAUGUCAAAGAAUUCAAGAGUGUUUGAUGGUUUUGAAAAAUUCAAUGGCAAUAAUGAGAUCCGAAAAGUAUAUAGUUAAUGAAUAAAAAAAUUGUUCAAUAAUUGGUUUAGAGCGAAAUGAAGUUAAUAGCAGAAUUAAAGUGUUUUGGAAUUUCCAUAUGGAAACAAGUGUAUAGGAGCAUUAAAUAAAUGUGGGGAAAAUGUA